CUUUGGCUCGCGCAUAGACAACUACACAUCCCAUCGUGUUUGUGUUCCGCUCCUAUUUAUAGCAACAGCAGUGUACUCGAGUGCCCGUUCAACACGGUCUGGGUUGCGACAGAAGGAAGUUUCGGGUGACUGUGUUGCUCAUAAAUCCCCGGGAUGAAUGACAGAACGGAAGAAGAGACGAUCACUGCUGUGAUGGAGACGACAUCAUUCUCGCAGGUAGUUUUCAAUGAUGUCCCUCCAUCUUAUCCUCCAAACACCGCAGUGACGUGCCGAUAUACUCUCACCGGUGGCCUGCAGCCGAACCCGAGUGACUGGAUCGGCAUCUUCAAGGUUGGUUGGAGUUCAACACAGAUGUAUUUCAACUAUGUAUGGGUGGAACCUUGCCUGGACCAUGUCGGAAUUGAACCAGUCUUGCAACAAGUGGUUUUCAGAGAGAGUUACCUACCCAAGGAUAAUGGGGAGUUUUACCAGUUCUGCUAUGUGGAUAGCAGCGGUCAUGUCAAAGGAGCCAGCACCCCAUUCUGCUUUCAAAACCCAGCAGAAACCAGCCUUGAUUGCAGUUUGGAGAAGGACAUUUUAGUUAUAACAACACAGGAGCAGGCAGAAAAGAUGGAAAAGGAAAAGGAGAACUUUGUGAAAGAGAUCUAUUCCUUAAAAGAGACAAAUGAGAUCCUGAGAAAUGAGCUGGCCGAAAGACUGCAUGAGAUCUGCUUUCUCAGGAACUGCCUGGAUGAUUUGAAGCCAAAAGAUAAACUGGAUACACCACUGCAAGGUGUACAGAAUUAUAAUGCCACUGAAGAGGUCACCAAAGAGCAGCCUUUGUCAAAUAUACCAUCACUGACCCCUUUUCAUGAAAAGUAUGAGAAAGCUGUUCAAAAGAUAAUCAUGCUGAAGCAGGAAAAGGCUGAGUUACAGCAAAAGGUUGAACUCCAGGAAGCAGAAGCCCUUAAGCUAUAUACCGUGCUGAAAGGGACAGAGCAAAAUUACAACAAACUACAGGAUCGUUUUCAGUUGCUACAGGUGGAUAUGCAAAGCAGCAGGAAAGACAAUGAAAAAUUGCAUGCAGAAAUCCAGGAGCUCAUUAUAGCAAAAAAGACCCUAGAAAAUCUGAAUGAUGAAAACAAAGCAUUACAAGCGUCCAUAUCAGAGCAAGAAGAAAACGAUAAAAAAAUUCAGGACAUGCUCACUCAGCUGACAGAAGCCAGAGGGCUACUACGUAGAGAGAUGCAGAAUUGCAAAGAAGCCAACAAAUGUGCAGAAGAGGCUGAGCAGGAAUUGAAGGAAGCAAAGAAGAAGCUGGCAGAGAUGGUUGUGAAUGUAGCUGAGGGCGAGAAAAUCCAGGCACAGCUUCAUCAGGCACAGGACAAAAUGUAUGAAAUGGCUGAGACAUCAAGAUUAGACAGAGAGAAGCUCAUAAAAAAGAAUGAGGAACUGCAAGCAGAAGAAGAUAAACUACGCAAGGCAUUGUUUGACUACCAGGUCGCUUCUGUUGCCGCCAAGUCCGAGCAUAUACCGAACCCUCAAAGCCCACCUGCAUCGGCCAACACCCAGGAACAAACUUACCCGCCUGACUCUCACUACUUUGAGAGCACUGAUGACUUGACUGGAGAUCAAGCUGGAACUGAGAACAAGUUGAGGGUGUGCCAACAUUGUCAGGAGAGCUUUCCUGGUAUCAGCGAGGAUGAACUGGCACUGCACGAGCAGUCUCACAAAAUGUGUCCAUUCUGCACCCUUAUCUGUGAUGAUUGGGAACAGCAAGAGUUUGAAGACCACGUUUAUAGUCAUGAGGAGUAAAGUCAUUUUUCUGAAUCUGAAAUACUGUCUUUAGGAAAGUAUGGUAUAUGCUUGUCUUUUAUCACUAUUCAUUUAUACAAGAGCUAGUUAUUUAAUUGUACAAGCAGUGAUACAAAGGUGCUUGUUAUUUCAAAUAACAGCAUUGGGACUUUUCACUUUUUGUAUCAUCUUACUAGUCUGUGUUCACCGCAUUCCAGACAGCUCUCUGUGUUACUUGGCGACACGUAAAGAUUGAUGCUUUGUCGUCUUAUAGAACUAUUUUCGUUGGCAGAGAAAAAACUAUGCAAACUGGUGAAAUUUUAUCUGAAAAGAAAGUUACUCAAUAUUUAACCUCUUGUUUACAUAACUGUUGUAUAAAAGCAAUAUCACACUCAUAGUCAUGCUGUUGUACUGACAUUUACGGUUUCCUAGUAGUGCGCAACAAAGUCUAAUUAGCAAAGCAAAUAAAAGCUGAAAAUAACAGAAAUAAAUCAAAAGCAAAAUGAAAUUAAGCCACAACAAAUAAGUCCAGCAUUUUGUAAAAAAAUAUUUUCUGAUAAUUUUGUGUUGUUGCUUAGUGUUGUUGUGUUAUGGUUAAUUUCCAUUGUGUUUUCAGUUUUUUUUUUUCUCUUUGCUACUUUGGUUGUGUUGUGCACCUCUAGGCCACCAUAGAUAUUUGAUGCAUCAGCACUCUUGAUAAUGUGAUAUUUCUUAAUUAUUGGACAGCUCUCUGGAGUACAUGAUUCUGAUUGGUCAGUU